AUGGAAAAGAACAGCAAAAUAGUCAUCGUCGGCGCCGGGGUAUUCGGGCUAUCUACGGCCUACCAGCUGGCAACCGAGGGCUACACUAAUAUAGUAGUGCUUGAUCGGCACAUGCCGCCGGUCCCCGAUGGAUCGAGCUCGGAUAUCUCGCGUGUAAUCCGCUUCGACUACGGUGAUUACGACUACCUCAGCCUUGCCUACGACGCGUAUCUGAAAUGGCGCGAUACACCCAAAUACAAAGGCAUCUUCUAUCCAGCUCCAUACAUUCUCGUUGGGAAAACAAGUCCCUACGGCCAGGACUGGAUCGCCAAGACAACCUCGGCACUCAACAAGAAGAAACUACCCUGGACAAAGCUGAAGGACGCGGCCUCGGCGAAAGAAAAGUUCCCUGUGCUGUCCGGAGAGCUUGCGAAACCUGGAUUUUUCGGAUAUCACAACCACCAAGCUGGAUGGGCUGAUGCGGCCAAGGCUAUCAGCCAGCUUCGUGACGACUGUCUCGAGCUCGGUAUCUCAUUCAUCUGCGGAAGACAGGGGACUGUCAACGGAUUCGAGACUGACUCUAACAAAACAAUCAAAGCGGUCUCUACUCUGCACGGCAGUCAAGUGGAGGGUGACCACUUUAUUCUUUCGACCGGCGCCUGGUGUACAGGAUUAGUACCCAUGUACAACUCAGCCUUGUCAACAGGUCAAGUAAUCGGUUAUCUCCGUCUAACCCCAGAGGAGAUGAAAAAGUAUCAGAAUCUCCCGAUCUACGCGAAUUUCUCAACAGGAUGGUUCAACUUCCCUCCGCAUGAAGACACCAAUAUGCUGAAAAUGGCAAUUCACGGAUGGGGAUAUACACGCACCCCCAGUCAAGAAGACCGCACCGCUAUCAAGUCGAACCCCUCGGCGCCACCACUGAUUCCCCCGCGCGAACGCCGCAAUUUCGUCCCGGCCGAUGCAGAAACGCGGCUGAGAGACGGUUUGCGUGAGAUCCUGCCUGAAGUGGCUGAUCGGCCAUUUGAGAGGCUUGCUAUGUGCUGGUAUACUGAUACGCCGAGCGGCGAUUUUAUCAUGGAUUAUCACCCUGAUUAUAGUAACCUGUUCCUGGGCGGAGGAGGUAGUGGACAGUAUGUCACCUUCUCAACAUACCGUGUAUAUCCACUGACCGCAUCACACAGUGCUUUCAAAUUCUUACCCCUGCUCGGAUCUUACAUGUCGCUCGCCAUCAAGAAGAAUCUGCCGCCGCACCUUGCUCAAAAGUGGCGGUUCCGAAAGGACUACGCGGCGCAGAAUGACACUUUCUUGGGUGAUGGGAGCCGGGGAGGGCCAAUUCGGCGGGAGCUGAACACUGAAGAGAGAGCAAAACUGUAG